AUGACCACAGUCUGGACAGCAAGCAAUCUACGCCGACAAGAUGGACAUUAUAACAGUCUAUCCAGAAGUUUAGGAUCUUUAAUGUCAAUUGUACUCGAUGAGGAUAAAUCUCCAUCCGUGUUGAUUUUUUCUAAUCAAUCACCAAGAGAGACUAAUUUACAAACAAGUGUCUCUGUUGGUGAUCGAGUCGGAGAUGAGAAUAGUUUGCCGUUAAAUGGAUUAAGUUUUCGUUCAUUACAAACAGACUCUUCUUCAUCGAUUGCAUUUGUUGGCAAAAAAAUUAAACGUGAAUAUCAAUCGGCGUUUGUAUUGCCUGAUAAACAAACAAUUGGUAUUAUUCGUCAAGAAGCGUUUAUGACUGAAGAAGGUUUAGCUCAAGUCACGCUUAGUUUAUGCGUUUCGACUCAUUUAGAUGGUUUAAAAGUUAGUAAAAGUGAAAGAAUAUGUGAUUACCUUGAUACGGACUAUUGGGCUUCCAUUUUAUUAGCUUCCACUGAAUCUCACGAUGCUGAACUAUUAGGAUAUAUGGGACCUGAAUAUACUUCAAGAAAACCUAAUCGUUUUAACUUUGAACGUUCUGAAAGCCGACGACGUAAACGAGAAAUUGUGCUUGUUCAAGAAGAGAUUGAAGAUAGCGAUGAGAAAGAUAAUGUUGGGCAAUUUGAUGGUAGCAAUAUUUUGCCUGAAAGUGUUACAGUGUACGAAAAAGUAUAUCCUAAAGAAAAGGAUGAAUGUGAUCCCCAGACACAUCGAUUAAUCCUGCAUCCUCCACCACCCCUUCCACCUGCACAGCUUCCAGAAUCACCGCCGCCUUCACCACCGAAAACUUUAAAAGUAUCUGAAAGAAAUGCUUCACCAAAACCACAACUAACUUCGAGUAGAAAUUCAUGUCAGCCAAAAGAACAAGCCCCAAUAAUUGGACGGGCUGAACCACCUGGAAAAACUAAACCAAUUGUAAGUAGUCCGAAAUCUAAAGAAAAUUUUGAAAAACUUAAACGUCAAUGGAAUAAUCGUAUUGCUCAAAUGCAAGAACAUUUAGAUAAUCAGUAUCGCGAUACACCAACAUCGCUACCACAAACUUAUACAGAAGGACAUCGUGGUUCUACAGUUACAUCAAUUCUCCCCACAGUAGAUAAAAGAUCUUCUGAUCCAUAUGUAAAAAGUCGAAUUUCAUCUACUGACCAAAGACUCUCCCCUGAACAAGCAUAUGAUCAUCAAUCUCUUCCGGAUAGAACUUCAAUGGAUCAUGGAUCAAAUAAAGAGAAUUUUAUUUUUCACAGCUUUGAUUAUAUCAAUUCAUCAUCACCGGGUUCUGGUGAUCUAGUGGAUCCGGUUACGGAACGUUGUGAAAAAGAUGCACAAUUUAUCUAUAGUCAAGCAAGACUAUUUGUUAAUCAACAAAAUAUAGGCAGAUUAAGUCCACGAAAAUUAUCAGUUGAUCGAGGUAAUUGUCAUUCGACUACAACAGAAACGCGAAGUAAAGUGACCGAUGAGCUCCCAGGUCAUAGACGCCAUCCUCCACCGCCUCUUUCUCCAAACUCGAAAGAAGAUAUACACUAUCCACGUGACGGGACUGUUAGUCGACCUCGAAUUUCAGAUGGUCCUAAAGCUGCUACUCCAUUAACUCCUACCAGACAUUCAUCAAAAAAUCUUGGUGACGAUUCAGAGAAAAGAAAACGACAACAAAACCUAUACGACGACGAAUUCAAAAAUGGAAAUAGAGAAUCAAUGCCAUUGGAUCCCAGGAAACCAACUACACAGUUUAAUUAUGGCAUACUUCAACAUCCAGAUGAAUAUAAUUAUUUAGCUGAAGCAGAAAAACAAAAACCAACUAUAGAUUUUGCAUCAGAAUUAUCUUAUGAUAGCAGUCUUUAUGGUAAAAUUAGCCAAGGUUCCGCUCGAAAACAACCACCAAUUAAGCAUUAUGAUAAGUAUAAGGAUAAAAAACCUGAUAAACCACAUCGUCAUCCACCGCCACCUCAACCUAUUGAUCAUGACCAAACAAAACGUUUAGACGAUAAACCAAGCCCAAAACCAGGCAGAAGAUCAGGCCAUGGAAUGGUUUCAGUUGAUGAAAAUUAUUAUGUAAAUGUACCUGGUUCAGGUCCACCAGUUAUUCGUCCACCAUACAAUGGACACAAGAGAUCACUGCAAGAUUUAAGUGAACGGUCUGGCCCUCAUAGUGCUUAUGAUCCUAGAUUGGGCGAUACAGUUAUUCAACCAAGUAAACCUAGAACCAGUGAUAGAAUAUCGAAUCAAAUGCCUGAUUAUUAUGAUCAAUAUACAUCGGAUGAAAGUGAUUAUGAUGAUUCAGGAGAAUCGGAUGAAGAACUUAGACCACCAGCAUUACGUACAAUAACUCAGACAAGGAGACGAUCUGAACCAGAACCUUCGAACAAUUAUCCACCUGUACAAUUAAGAAAACAGUCAAAAGGACAAAAAACUGGACAGUCAAUCACAUCAAUUCGUGAUAGCCUUAUUAGUCCUGAAGGUUCAAAACACAGUUUAAUAAUCAGUACAAAACGUCGAACACUAAGUGGUUUAACUGGUACCCACCCAUCAAAACAUCGUUCCAGUUCAAUGAAUACUUUAUGGUUCGGUGAUCAUCCUGUACCGUCGGAACAUACAAUCUCGCCAGCUACACCAGUUAGAUUAUCAAAUAUACAAAUACAAGCUCAAGCAGAACUUGAACGUCGACACAGAUCAUCUUCACAUGGACAUAGUUUAGACAGAAAAUCUAUAUAUAGCACAGGAAUGACAGAAAGUCAUUUGUCCAAAGGUUUAAGUGAUUAUCAUCAAGGUUAUGAAGGAAUUGGUUAUGCAUAUGAUAAUCGAGGAAGAUUAAUACAUGGUGGUGCAUGUUUACCUGAACGUUCAGCUAGUCGUAAACGUCGAUUAUUAGAUGGUCAUGAAAGUUUAUCAAGAGUAUGGAUACCACAAAGUGGUGAACACUAUCCAAUUAAACAAAUAUCUGAUAAGACACCUAGUUCGCUAAUGAAUCGGGAUGAACGGCAAGCACAAUUGGAUAAUUCAGCGAUGGCAUUUGCUUUACGGGAUUUUAAUGCGCCUAAAAUUCGACAGAAACGGGUUUCGAAUAAAUCACAUCGGAAUCAUGAUGAUGAUAAUGCUAAUAUUAAUAGUAAUAAUAAUAACGAUAAUAAUAAUGUUAAACAUGUAACCCAUCGUACCGCUAUACGCAACAAAUCAGAUAGCAUUAAGAAACAUCAAUGCAGACCAUCCAUUCUCAAUUGUUACAUUAACCGGGAACAACUUGAUGACUAUAAUCGAAAUGAAAUACAUAUUCCUUUGUUUCAUUUAAUUUAA